GUGUCCUAGACUUCUUGUGCUCGACCUGUGAAGAAACUCGAAAUUAUGGCUGAUUUCUACUGUGAAUCUUGUGGGAAGUUUUACUGCGGAAAAUGUAUAAACAUGCACCGCAAGUUGUUUACAAAACAUGCCCCCUUUGGAAGGAAAGAUAUGAAGAACUGGCCAGUUGCCAAGAAGGUGGAAGAUUUUCUUCUAAAAUGUGAUGUCCAUAAAGAAGAAAGUCUGAAAAUGUAUUGCGAUGAACACAGUGAGCUGUGCUGCACAAAUUGUGCAUUCCUUAAUCACAGACUCUGCCAAAAGGUAACUCUUAUAUCCGACAAAGUAAAAGGUCCGUCCACAGACCUUGAAAAACUGUCAGUUUCUAUACAAACUACUCUGGAAGAAAUGAAGAAACUUCAAGGUAACCAAGAGGCGAGCAUUCAAUAUUUUCAAAGUUCAUAUUAUGAGCAGUUCCACACAAUAAAUGAAACUCGCUAAAAAAAAAUAUUCAGCCUUAGACACAAUUGAACAUAAGACACUGAAUAAAAUGAAAGAUACUCUGACCAAACUUCAUUACUCUUCCAAAAGUGAAAUUGACAAAUGUAUCAGGCUUCGGGAUGAAUUGAAACAACUUCGAGACGCCAUACAGGAUAUAAGUGAUAAAAGCAAACUGGAAUUAUUCUUUAUUGCCACCAGGAAAUGCAAGGAUAAAAUACAGCAGUAUGAAACCUUUCUGAAGGACAACUCUCUUCAGGCUUAAGUUUCAAUAACAUUUCAGCCCAACAGUGAAAUUAUACAGUACUUGUCCAAAUUGUCAGGACUGGGAACGAUUGAACACAGUACUCAGAUAUCGAUGUGGCAAGAGGAUCCAAACAAGGUGUUCACUGUGCGUGGGAAGUCUGUACAAAAUGUGAAAAUAUCAAGUGAUUCAAAGGAAUGCAGUAUUGCAGCCAUCUGCGUUCUCCCAGACAGACAGGUCCUGGUGGCAGACAACAAUAAUGAGAAUAUCAAGCUUCUUGACCAGCAGUACCAGGUGGUGAGUCACUGGAAUGCAACUACCUGGCCCUGGGCUAUGUGUCAGAUUUCAGCCAGUGAGGUAGCUGUGACUCUGGAGAAUGGUUACAUACAUGAGGUCCAGUUCAUCAAGGUAAACAACAGGCAGCUGGUGACAGUAAAAAAUCUUAAGUUACGACAUACAUGUAAUGGUAUUGCCUGCCAUGAGGGAGACCUGUAUAUUACUGCUGAUACUGCACUGUUCAAGUAUACACUGAAUGGGAAACAAGUCAGCAAGAUGUAUGAAGAUACAUCAGACAGUUAUACAGUUUUAAAGUGUGCUGUGAGUCCUACAGGGGACAAGUUGUACAUCAUUAACCUCUCCCAUAACAAGCUCCUCAUCCUGGCCAGGGAUGGUUCAGUCCUGGCCACCUUCACCGACCCUGCACUAAAAGCCCUACACGGUGUACACGUGACACCUGCAGGCCAAGUGCUGGUAUGUGGAGGCCUAUACCCCACAUUCUACAUCACACAGUUGGACAGUGAGGGGAGAAGAAAAACUGGCCACUCUUGCUACGCAGAAGGAUGGAAUUGAUGACCUUUGGUCAGUCUGCUACAACAGACACACCGCCUGCAUUUUUGUCGGACUUUCGGAAAACAACAGUAUCCUGGUGUUCAAAGUACAAUAGUGUUUUUUAACAUGCAUCUUGUUUUAUUAUUCAGAUUAUUUAAAUUGGCCAUGAGAAUAUGUUGUUGUUCAAUUAGAAAAGUAUGAUAUGAUACUGUAACAAUGAUAGUAUAAAUAAAGAGUUUUGUGAACAUUACAAGUGCUAUGAAUGUAUUAAAUUGUUACAUUUCAUAUAUGACGAUUUUUUUUAUGUAUUUCUAUUUCGCUUAACAUAUUUAAAUGAUUUUAGUUCAGAAAAUAAUUUACGUUGUUUUCCUAAGAUCAAAAUCACACUCGAUUUAUAUAUGGAGGCUUCCAUUGUAUAAAUUACAAAUGUAUAGAAGAUAACUUAAAAUUUGUUCAACGCUUGGUUUUGACGUAUGCUUAAAAGUGUUGUUUCCUGCACUCAAAACAUCUUUCUUAAUAUAUUGUAAUGACCUUUAUUCUGGCUUGGAUCAAAAUUAAUAUCCAGUGAAAUGUUCUGAUAUUCUCUUUCAUUUGACUAAAAUGAAUACAUGUUAAUUCAGCCUCGGCGAAUAUCUAAAUUACAGCGAUGCCGCAUUGCUUUUACACUAUUGUUAACCCAAGUUUACAGAGCGAAGUUAUUUGAACAAGAGUAGACGUGUUAAGCAGCUACAACAUUAUUACUCUGUCAAAAUCAAAACAUUUGGUAUGUGCCCCCUUAUAUUUGCCAGAGAGUUUAUUUCUUGCAAACAGUUUUCUCAUAUAAAACAAUGAGUAUUAUAUUGUAUUCUGUGCACUAGUAUAUAUAUUAAAGCAUAUCGUUCUUCCUAACUCUUCCCUAACCUGAUAUACACUUACUCAUGACAAUUCGUGUUAAUGUUGUUAUAACUGACAAUCAAACAUUUUAAAGUAGAUCUAAUGAGUUUUACAAAAGUCAGCAUUACAAAAGUACAAUGGUGAUAUCUCGGUCAAUGCAAUACAUUCCAUCACCCGUAAUUCUAGACAUGCUUUGUUAUAAUAACCUCACGAUAAAAACAUUUCGUGUGGUCUAAGAGAUGAUGGUUGGUUCUUAGUUCACAAUUAUGGGGGACACAAAUUGUCGUAUCAUUUUUCUUGUCUUUCUUUUAUUUUAAUUGUUGUUGUUAUUUAUUUAUUUGAUAUACAUCCCAUAAUUCAUACAAACAUUCGAAAAAAAUUACACAUAUUGCAUUACAGACGUUACAAUAUAAACACAUUAUUGUGUAACUUAAUCCUCAAAGACAAAACAAUGUAGAACUAUUUGAGUUCAUACGUUGCCAUUGGUAAGUGUUUUAAUGUGAUUUUAUAGCUAUAUAUGACUUUUUUGCAUUAAUGUGAAAUUAAGUAGCUGCACGAAAUGCCCAUAAUUAGAACCAGUUCAAUUGAUCAUUUUAAAUGAUAUGCAGGUAACCUAAAUUGAUUACCGUUAGUGUUUUGGCAUGAAUUCGGCGGUUUUAAGUAGUAAUGAAAUACAUUGUAAUCAAAUUCAUUGCAGUUGGUUAUCUUUCAAGAUAACAAUUACAUUCAUGUACAAGUAAAUGGAGGAUUGGCUACUUAACAAGUCUAGAUCAAUAUGUUGUAUCUGAUAUGCCAAUCACAUAGUGUCUACUGAUUCAUUAAAUGUUUUUAAUGUUUUAUUGUUUUAACGAAUAUUGUUAAAGGCGUAUUUGUUACUGCUUAUAUUGUUUUCGAAAGAAGAUAUCAAAGGAGCACUGUAAUUGUGCCAAAGAUAUUGCAAAUGCCAGAACGUUGAUAGAUCUUUAGUAGUGAUUUUCUUAUUUAAUAGUGGCUAUUAAAGGAACUUUACUUCACACAUUUUGACAUGUUCUGAUGUUUGUCAUUUAAUGCUUUAAAUUGAUAAAUGUAAACAUGUAACUAAAUAGCUCCUGUAUUAUAACAAAAGAAUACAAUUAAAGAAACAAACAAGUAAUCCAUAACUUGGCUUGAUCUUUGGAGUAAAUGUCUAGCGCUUAAAUCACUCGGCCAUCCGUACUGAUAAAGUCUGAAAUGUAUAUUAUACUAUAUAUAAGCAAUCCUGGUAAUGUCACAACGUA